GCCGCACCACAGCCCGCCAGCAUGGCCACCGCCCCGACCACCGCCCAGCGCCGCGCCCCAACCGGCGUGUCGUGCCCGGGCAAGGUGUUCCUCGCCGGCGGCUACCUCGUCCUCGACCGCGCCCACCAGGGCUUUGUCGUCGCGACCCCCUCGCGCUUCUUCACCGUCGUCGAUGAGCGGCACGCGGGCGAGGCGGGCGCAGCGGCAGAGCGGGACCGGUUCGCGAUCGAGGUCGUGAGCCCGCAGUUUGACGACGGGCGGUGGAGGUACGAGGCGCGCAGGGUCGAUGGCGAGUGGACCGUCGACGAGGACAAGAGCCAAGGGUCCGCCUCCAACUCGUUCGUGCACCUGUCGGUCCGCGCGGCGCUCCAGGUCGCGAGCGCGCUCAACCCGUCGGCCUCGUUCCGCCCGCUCGCCGUCACCAUCGUCGGCUCGAACGACUUCUACUCGCAGUCGCGCACCGACACGCCCAUCCCGUUCGCGCCGCUGCACUGCACGAUCCGCGACGUGCACAAGACGGGCCUCGGCUCGUCGGCCGCCAUGGUCACGUCGCUCACGUCGGCGCUCGUCCUGCACUGGACCGCCGCACCCGACGACGCCUCGACCGCGUCCGAGCACGGCCGCCUGCCCAACCCAGACGCGGCGACGGUCGAGCUGCUGCACAACCUCGCGCAGUACGUGCACUCGCUCGCGCAGGGCAAGGUCGGCAGCGGGUUCGACGUGUCGACGGCCAUCUACGGCAGCCAGACGUACCGCCGGUUCGCCGUCGAGUGCCUCGGCGACCUGCUCAGCCCCAAUUCGUCUCGCGAGUCGACCAUCACGGGCGCCGACCUCCUCGCCGCCCUGUCGCCGUCAAGCAACCCAGCGUGGGCCUCUUCCUCGACCGCCGGGUCCGUCUCGUCGUUCGCGCUCCCGCCCAACACGCUCCUGCUCCUCGCCGACGUCGACGCCGGGUCCAACACGCCCUCGAUGGUCGGCAAGGUGCUCGCGUGGAAGCGGGCCGAGCCGAGCGACGCCGAGCGCGUGUGGCGCGAGCUGGGCGAGAGCAACGCGCGCCUGAGGGACACGUUUGCGGCGCUCGCGAGCGCGGCCGAGGAGGACAGGGAGGCGUACGAGGGCGAGGUGAGGCGGUUGGCGGGCUUGCCGGCGAGCGAGUGGACGACCUCGAGCACACCCUUUCCCAACGCCGUCAACGACAUCCUCACGAUCCGCAACCACAUCCGGUACAUGGGCUCGGCGUCGGGCGUCCCGAUCGAGCCGCCCGAGCAGACUCGGCUCCUCGACGCGUGCUCGGCGCUGCCGGGCGUUGUCGGGGCAGGCGUGCCGGGAGCCGGCGGCUACGACGCCAUCUGGGUCCUCUGCCUCGCCCCACCCUCACCCUCCUCCUCCUCCUCCUCCUCUUCCUCCUCGUCCGCCGCACCCGCGCCCACCGCGCCAUCCACCGGCGUCGAGGCGCUCCUGCGCUCCUACACGGCCAUGUCGGUCGGCCCCUUGUCGCGCACGGCGUGGGCCCAGGGCGGCACGGUCGAGGGCGACAAGGGGCUCCUGCGCGAGAGGCUCGACGAGGUGGAGGGGCUCAAGGAGGCGGUCGAGAGGGGGAGGAGGGUGUAGAGUGCCGGGAUUGAGAUGGGGAGGGGGGCGUAGACGGGCGAGCGAGCGAGGGAG